GGGCAGACUGCAGGUAACAGAAAUGGGCACACAGACCGACGGAUGUGGGCAUUUCUACCGUCACAUGACUCCACAGGCCCCAGUCAGGAUGUGGACACUAAAGACUGGUCAGGAUGUCCUCGCUCCAGCCAGACCAGAGGCCAUCUUCUCAUUUUAUAACCUGUCUCAUAGGAGACACUGGCAGUAUGCAUGUUAUCGAAGGGCUUUUAAACAUUCACAGCCAUUGUUUUCACCACUGUUUUAUUUGGAAGAGCAUAAGAAGCACACAAACAAUUUUGUUCUGCCAAUUGCACCAAUGUCAGUCCUGCUGUGGUCCGAGCCUGCUGUGGAGUCUCAGGGUGGGGUUAGGUGGAGAGGUGUCACAUUCCACCAUGAUGACCUCGUUCAGUUCACUGAACUCCCUACUCUCUGGUCUUUUCAUGCUAGUGUCUCCUGAGAUGCCAUUUGUAUUACAGUGAAGGAUGACCAUGAAACGUCUGUCACCUUGGCUUUGUUGUUUAUGUAGUGACACUGUGACAGGGUACAGUGUGUAUUCAUCAUCACCUUGUCUUUGUUGUUAUGUAGUGACACUGUGACAGGGUACAGUGUGUAUUCAUCGUCACCUCGUUGAGAGCCAUGUGACAGAGCCAAGCUUUGCGUGGAGGAAUGUCUCUGUGGUUUCCAGACACAAGGCAUGGUGGACACCAACUCGUGCCAGCCUGGGUGGGCAUCGUGCGUCAGAGGAGCUGGCAGGCCAAAUCGGGGCCCCAUGCAGGCCCUCUGUGCGUGGGGAGGGCAAAAAUAGCUGUUGUCAGAUAUACUGUACAUUCAAACAUAGACAUAUACAUUGUAGAGUGUACUUUCGUGCACAUAAACAAACAUCUGUCUCUUCUUCUCUGUGUUGGGACCAUGGUCUAGAUGCCAGUUUGUGGCCUCUACACAAUUAAGGUAAUCACUUAGCCAGUUAGCGUCAUUGUUGAAAACACCAAACAGUAGACUUAGCCUACUUCCUGAAUCUCUCUCCUUGUUCUUCCCGAAAGAGUUGAGCGGAGCCCUGCCAGUGUGUUAGGCGAACCCUUCCUGUGUCACUGUGCUGGGGUGAUGCAGGCUUGGAGGUAGGGGCUCAUUAUGCUGCCUCUGCAUUGUGCACAUACUGUCCCCAGCCUGCCCUGCCAGGGGCUCUGAGCCUGGCCUGGGGUGGGCUUGGGGAUAUGGGUCAACCAAGACCUCACCACAGACUGACAAACCAGCUGGGGCAGAAGUGAGGCCUUAGUUUAAGGCUGGGCUGAGACCAGGUCUGAGAGGGUGUUUUUCUGGACACAAUGUCCCUCAGGUUUGUCAUGAGUCUGGAAAGGGGUCUUGGAUGUGUGGGUCCAGGUGUUGGAAACUGUUGGCUUCUCACCCAUGAUCCUGCUCCUUAUAGGAGUAUCUCUGUUUCUCCUCACCAAUGCCCACCACUGUGCUGAUGUAACGAGGAAUUCAGUCAGUCGUGUGAAGCUGCCAUUGACCCAUAGUUGUAAAUCACAUUGACGAUGUGGAUUCUCUGGGGACCGGUGUGUGUGGAUUAGUGUUGUGAAUGUUGAUUCAUGAGCCAUGUAGUGUAAAAUAGACAAAUGACUCAUCACUGUAAUUGCAGCAUAUUGGACAGGCAUGGGGAAAUCCACAGAGCUUUUACUCUAUAUCACACAGUGUGUUUUUCAACGAGGAUGUAGUGAGCUCAGCUCUGUAUGCAAGCAGUAAGCAUUGCAAUCUGAAGGCAGACAAAGUCUAACUAAUUUCUAAAUGAGCUGCGUUUGGUGUAAAAACACUUAGCCAGCAGGUUGGAGAUGGAAAAAUCUCCUCCCCUUUCCAUGAUGAAAAAUGGCAACAGACGACAUCUGCUGCAGAUUGAAAUUUAAAGUAUACAGUGCUCUGAGGCAGAUGUUUUCUCUAGUGCUGUGAAUUGUGCCGCCACCUCGCAGGUUGCAGUAAAGCAGGUGUUUUACACUCUGUGUGUGUGUUACUGCUGUAAUGGUUGGUGUUUGAGUGAAUCUGCGCCAUCCCCUCAUGUCUCAUUCUGCUAGUCGGACAGUUUAACCAUCACUUUGAGGUGAGACUUUUGAGAAUAUGGCGUACUAUCCACUUAGUGAUGUGGAUAGACAUGGCCUCUUCUCACUAAGAGGAGUUUAUAUGAGUUGUGAUGAGUGGACUAGAGGUCAUUUAGGUACUGUGUUAGAGGGAUUUCCGGUCUGUGCCUCGUCACAGACAGGUCUGGGAUCAGUUUCCUCAGACUGGAGCCUGUGGCCUAACUGUGCCAGGCAAGGCUCGCGGAGAAGAGGAGCAUGACGCCGGCAUUGACUGAUCUCCACUUCCCCCAGACUUCUGUAUCAGAGGAAAUGGGGCAAUUAAGGACAGCUUGCUCAGGCACUGCAUGGGGUUAAUACCCGGCUCCCAUAAUUAAAAAUAAAUUACACUUUUCCUAUAUAAAUAUUCAAGCCCCUCUCCGAUGUGAGCCACUGCCUUUUUUAUGGUGCGUAAGCGCUUUUUUUUCUCCGGUUUUGGGAACAUCUGGCACAGCGUUUCCUGAACCAUCCACAGAAUAAAUUGAGUUUUGUUGCCUUUGAGAGAUUAGUCUGUGGGUGUGUUGUAUUGAAGUGGAUGGGGAAGGGAUGGAUCCCUUUGGGAGCUCUGUAUGGGACACAAGAGGCAGAGGCAAGGGUCCUGACUCUGGCUAAAACAGCCAUUUGUCCUGGCUUUGUCCUACUAUAGCGGAAAAUGGGUGAAAAGAUGGUAAUUUUAGUGAACGGCAUGGUAAUUAGAUCACAGGAAAUGGGUCACACCACUGAAAUAAGGGUGGCGCCUUGAAAAGAAUAACUUUGUGCAUCAUAAAUCAAACCACACAGCUAAAUUGUCAUAGACCAAUCAACAUGAAGAAUAUAGCUGUCGUCAUGGCGUCAGCUAAUGGGAUCCUAAAAAAAUGGAAUCUUGUGAAACCAGCACAUUGUAUUAUAGACACCAAUUAUCCGCAUCCAUUUUGUCCAUCUCUCUUUGCAGGAGAGUACAUUAAGACCUGGAGGCCCAGGUAUUUUCUACUCAAGACUGAUGGUACAUUCAUAGGCUACAAGGAACGACCACAACAUGUUGAGGCACUUGAGACCCCUUUAAAUAACUUCUCAGUAGCACAGUGCCAGCUGAUGAAGACGGAGAGGCCCAAGCCCAACACAUUCAUCAUCCGCUGCCUGCAGUGGACCACUGUUAUCGAGCGCACCUUCCACGUGGAGACCCCCGAGGAGAGGGAAGAAUGGACGAAGGCCAUUGAGGCCGUAGCAGACAGUCUACAGAAAGAGGAGGAGGAGAUGAUGGACUCCUCCCCAGACCCAAUGGACAUGGAAAUGUACCUGACCAAACCCAGACUCAAAGUGACUAUGCACGACUUUGAAUACCUCAAACUCCUAGGAAAAGGCACUUUUGGCAAAGUGAUCCUGGUGAAGGAGAAGGCCACAGGACGCUACUAUGCCAUGAAAAUCCUGAAGAAGGAAGUAAUCGUAGCGAAAGAUGAAGUGGCACACACACUCACAGAAAACCGAGUGCUCCAGAAUUCCAAGCAUCCGUUCUUGACGGGCCUGAAAUACUCCUUCCAGACUCAUGACCGGUUGUGUUUCGUCAUGGAGUAUGCGAACGGCGGAGAGCUGUUCUUCCACCUGUCCCGGGACCGGGUGUUUUCUGAGGAGCGGGCUCGGUUCUAUGGGGCGGAGAUAGUGUCAGCACUGGACUACCUGCAUGCUGAGAGGAACGUGGUCUACAGAGACCUGAAGCUGGAAAAUCUCAUGCUGGACAAAGACGGACACAUACAAAUCACUGACUUUGGACUGUGUAAGGAGGGGAUCACAGACGGGGCCACCAUGAAGACCUUCUGUGGGACGCCAGAGUACCUGGCCCCAGAGGUUCUGGAGGACAAUGACUAUGGCCGGGCGGUGGACUGGUGGGGUCUGGGCGUGGUCAUGUACGAGAUGAUGUGUGGUAGGCUGCCCUUCUACAACCAGGACCACGAGAAGCUGUUUGAGCUCAUCCUCAUGGAGGACAUCCGUUUCCCACGCACCCUGGGCCCUGAGGGCAGGUCCCUGCUCUCAGGCCUGCUCAAAAAGGACCCCAAGCAGCGGUUAGGUGGUGGACAGAAUGAUGCUAAAGAGAUCAUGCAGCACAAAUUCUUUGCUGGGAUUGAAUGGCAAGAUGUUUAUGAGAAGAAGCUGGUCCCGCCUUUUAAGCCGCAGGUUACCUCUGAAACAGACACGCGGUAUUUUGACGAGGAGUUCACAGCACAGACCAUCACUAUUACACCGCCCGGACAAGAAGACAGCAUGGAGUCGUUUGACAGCGAACGGAGGCCCCACUUCCCACAGUUCUCCUACUCUGCGAGUGGGACAGCCUAAACACCCCCUCUCAUUCCUCUGGUCCCAACAUUUCCCUUCACCCUACCAGACUGCACAUCCAACUACAUUCGCCCCAUCCUUUUUUUUUUAAACAUCCAGUGUCGCAUAUAGUAUUGUUGAACAGACAUUUGCUAUCUGCAAGUUUGGUAAUUAUAGGGGGAAAUACUUCAUACUACACAAAUGAAAAACUGGUUGUUUCUGUGGCUUCUUAAGACUUUUCUAAUGGUGAGAGAUAACACUACAGUGUUGCUUGUCUUGAUGAGUUGAGUCAGACAAGCUUGAUGUUCAUAAAACCACACUUUAUAGGAAAAGGGUGGCAAUGCAGCAAUGUGGUAUAUCAAUUUAGAAUGGUCAGGCUACACUUUCCUAAACUUCUAUUUGCCUUGCUUCUGUCAGCACCUGUUAUAUUUGUCACACAUUAUUCACCAAGUGAACAUUUUACGGGACCAUAAGGAUUGUAUCGGAAUUAGCCAUGUAAAAUGUAAAUGUCUUUUUGAUGUUCUUUGUUUAAGGCAAAGACAUAUUGUGGACCAACAGCAACAACAAAAUAUGACCAAUGACUUAAUUUUCCAUGUAGUGGGAGGUUUAAUCAUAUUUAGAUAUUGUUAUCAGGACUUUCACAUUACACUAAUCACUAUUUGACCAACACUUUGAAACCUGUUGUUCUGCCAUUUGAAUGUACCUAAUCAAUAAAAUGUAUAAUUCUGCAUACCUAACUGUAGAACAUGGUUGAUUCCCAUAGGACUUCCAUUCCUCAAAAGAUCAUUCUUAUAUAUAUAUAUAUAUAUGUUAGAGCCCCAAAACAUUCUAGAACAAAGGGAGAAUGACAUGGUCUAUUGACCUCUGUCAGAGCGCUCCGCUCCAUUAUCAGGCUAAUGACAAAUUGUGCAAUACAAUGGCAGACACUUAAAGAACUGAUUGUGGGAGCAGGCAUACAAUGUAAAUGUGUUCAAGCUUGCCGUCACUGAAUCUCAGAACUGUGUCUACACGGUCAAUUGGAUAUCCUUUUGCUGUUGUCCCAUUUGAAAAGACAGUUACUCUAAUCUCUCUGGACUAUGUGCUUGGAUCAUGAUGCCUUCCUGUCUGAAUGCUGUGUUUCACUCUUGGCUGUUUCUUUCUGAACUGGCCAGUCAGGUACUGAUCCUUUCUGCCCAAUCAGGGAAUCGUCUGUCUCUGGGUUUUUUCCUCUUCCACAGUAUUGGGUGUUUUCCUCCCAGUGUAUUCACUACAGCCUCAAUGAGGUCACUGUAACAACAUACAGUCCUUCAGGACUUACUCCAUAAACAAGCUGGGCUGUGGUUCAGGGGAAAACAAGUAGAGUCUGCUUUGAUCUCUAUAGGUAGGGAUCAGGGUACAUGGUUCUGAGUUAUUUAUAGAAAACGAGUGACUGUGCCAAUGAUAUGCAAUUUCCUGCCCCAAAACAUGUAUUUGUACACUUAUUUGUACUUGUUACACUUUAGUCAAUUCUGAAAGGUGUGAACUAUUAAAGGCUUGUUUGCGUAAUUAAACCCUCUAUACAGAUUGCUGUAGAUAAACUGAGAAUCUUGGAAAUGCUUUUUGGGGAAACUGCACAGUGUUUCCAGAGGACUGAUAACUAUGAAGUUAAUGUUAUUGAAUGUAAAAGCAUUUUUAUUUUCACCUCAAUUCCUUGAUUGGAUUGUUACUUAUUCUUGUGCGCUGUGCCCCCUCCUGUGCACCCUUUGCUGUCACCCCCUAAAAAUGGGGAAAUGCCUUUAAUACCUUUAUUUUUUGUACCUGCCCUUUCCCAUUCCGGAAACUGAGGACACCAGCUUUAGUAAACAAAUAGUAUAACCGUUGUACACUUUUUACAGUUUCUUUCAAAUUUAUAUAAAAUGUCUUAACAAAA